ACGCCCACGCACUCCGUAAGUACAUACAGUGCCUGUCCGCCACUGCGUACCUACCAAAGGUAGGUACCGACGCAUUCGAGUUCCCCCGCUCCCACCUCACCUCACCACCCUUUCGUUCGCAACUUCCUGCGACCGACCGCCCGACCACCUCACCAUCCACGCUCACGCGACAACGCCCGUCGUCGCGCCCAAGCCAUCACGGCCAUGCCCUCAUCGCUGGCAGCGUAACCCCCGCUCCAUACAGCGUCUGCUGCUGCGCGGGCUCGACGUUGCCUCUCCCUCGCCCGCGGCAUCCGCAUACCUCCCACUCGCGACGACCGACAAACGACGACGACCGACUCUCCCUAUCUUUUUUUCUCGCUGCCUGCCUGGUCGGUCCAUCACGCCCUGCCCGAUUGGCACCGCCACCACCGCGCCACCGCCCUUCCGACCCCGUUCCUGAGAGACGACACUUCUCCUGCAGACGAGUGACGUCUCGACGCCGCAUGCUUGCUGCGUACGCCCGCGCACCCUGCCCCCACGACGGUGCACAGCGAUUCGACCUGGUCACGCCGCGACUCGUCCUGCUAUCUGCCUGUGCGACCUCGCCGAUAAACAAUCCUGCAUCUACCACCACCCCCCGCGAGAACGCUGCUCCAUUGUUGCUAUGACGUUGUAGCUCGUCCCAAAAGUGCUCUCAGAAAACAAUAAAACAGCUCGCCGACCGCUCGCGACCCUCCGACUGCUGUCGAAAGUGGUUUGUGUCUGCACCGCACUGCCCACGAGCGCGCGGUCUUCCGGCUUGCUGCUGCCUUCCCAUCGUCCCUUCCCAUCACCUUCACGGCUCGGUCAAAUCUUGCGACGACGCCGAGGGCGACACGACGAGCUACGGCGUCCAGUCUCGGGUCCCGCGCGCAAGGAAGCCGACGCUGCGCAACAGGCCCCUGUGUCGGAGGCGGCGGAGGCCAAGGAACACCGCACGAAAGGGGUAACCCAAUGUGGCACGAGGGCGUGAAUGCGGUCCCGAAAUGGCAUGAGCAUGUCGCCGUCAGGUAUGGAAGGACAAGCCGGCGCCGCCGGCCUCUCACCAGGCGGCGAUGGCGACUCUGCAGAAUGGCCCCGUCCUCCACCACCUCCCCCGCGCCCUCUCGCCGUCCAGCCCAGGGAGCAGCAGCCGCAACGCCAGGCCCACGCUUCGACUUCACAGCACUCCUCCCCGCCGUCCCUUGACGUGCAAGACCCGGCCGAGCGCCCUAGCGCCGCGAGCCUGAGGUCCUCCUUCAGGAUUGCGCCCGACGCAACCGCUGGCAGUCUCCGCGCCGUGACACCAGACUUGAUCGAUGGCCGCAUACUUGGGGCGGGCCCCUUGGUCGUGGACUCGUCUGCCGUGCCACCACCCAUCCCCCGCGACCUCGGGCCAUCCUCGCAGCAGGGUUCGCCAAUGGCCAUCCUCGGCGCCGGCAGCCGCCGUCAGGGGAUGGUCUUCCACGACUCCUUUGACGACUCGUAUGAGAGCACCGGCUCCAGUCCGCCGCUGAUACCCGCGCAGUACCAACAUCAGCAAUCCCAAUAUCAGCACCAGCAGAGGCAGCCCAGCGCGGGUAUCCGUCCCAGGACCCGCACAAUGGACGCGGCCAUGCUCAAGCAGAGGGGCGUCCCUGUCCCGGACCAGCGCCAUCGAAUGGGUAGUGUCAGUUCCUCCAGCUCGCAGGCGCUACUGGACGAUCAGAGGUCACCGCCGGCCCCGUCCCUGGAGUCGGUUGGCCAUGCCUCCAUGUCCUCGAAUAGGCAUACGGAGCCGUCCACCCCAUCUACCCCGUCCAAAUCUAAAGAUAAGAAACUCAACAAGCGGCUCCUGAAGCGGCAAUCUUCUCGCCCGACAUCCCCCGGACCUGCCCCUGUAGCAUCGGUCGACUCGCUCCCAACGCCUGUUACCACGAGCGAGCCCACGAGACUCAUGAGCCUGAUGAAAGCCUUGAACGGACGCAUGCGAGGCGAAAUCGAGUACCAAGGGGACGCCGGCGGCGCGUGGUCUUCCGGCUACGCCUACAUCGACGACGAGAUGGGCUAUCUCAUGUGUGAUUCCGGGCAGAACAGCGACGGCUUCAGGACCCUGAUAUCAGACUUGCGUGGAUGCCGCGUCCUGCCGGUGGAAUAUCCCGAAUCCGGCAAGGCAUGCCUGGAACUAGUCACCGCAGAACAGCGCGCCACGGGCGAAUCGAUCCUGCUGCUGCGACCCAUGGCCUCGGACGAGUGGAAUCUGUGGCUUGCGGCACUGCUGUGCUGGCAACAAGUGCGGCCUUCGGGCGUCAAGAUGGCCAACGGCAGCUCCAACAGCCCGGUCGCCCCGGUGAGGCCUGGGCUACGCCGACAGGGCCAGUCCGACGGCUCGCGUGGGUCCAACAUCAUCAAGGUUGGGACCAUCUCGUUGUGGGACAAGGGACAAGCUACGACGCCGCGAGAUAUUUCGCACCGGUCGUCCACACGAGACCCACGCUCGCCCCCCGCGACGUGGCGGAGAGUGUCGUGCAUUCUUCACGAGAACGGUGAGUUCAAGCUGCUCAUGGAAAACGACAUCACCGUCCUGUCCGUCAUACAGCUGUCUCAGUUGUCGCGGUGCGCCAUCCAGCAGCUCGAUCACACCGUCCUAGAUGAGGAGUAUUGCAUCGCCAUCUUCCCUCUCUACGCGUCGACGGCUACGCAACUGUCCAUAUUUCGCCCUGUCUACCUUGCCGUGGACGGCCGCGUCAACUUUGAAGUCUGGUUUGUCCUACUGCGCGCAUUUGCGGUGCCGGACAUUCACAAGCUUGAUCGGAGCGAGGACGACGACUCCAUCGACGAGGUGGCGGAAUUAGAGAAAGGACACGAGGAAGAGACGUUCCGGAUAGAAAAGACUGUCGGCGUAAGAGUCACAGAGGCGAAGAUAAAGGCACGAACCUGUGAGCCGGCGCAACACCAUGAAAAGGGCAAAGAAGAUACCUUGAUAGGCAACUACCUGGCGGAGGUGACCAUCGAUGGCGAAGUGCGAGCCAGGACCACGACUAAGAUGGAGACGAAGAACCCGUUUUGGAGAGAAGACUGCGAGCUGUUGGAUCUGCCGCCAUCGGUGCAGGAGCUUUCCAUUGUCCUGAAACGCGUCGAAAGCAUUGGCCCAAAGGCCUUGGGAAGCGCAAACGAGGCUGUCUAUGGGACGGUCAACAUUGUGCUGGACCAGCUGGAGCGAGGCAAGGACCACGAAGAGUGGCUGCCGAUCAUCGACGAUAGACAGCAGACGGUCGGUUCCAUGCUCGUCAAGGUCUCGCACGCCGAGCACAUUGCUUUGCUUGCCAAAGAGUAUGAGCCGCUCUCCCAGGUACUGCACCGAUUCCCUUCGGGUCUCACAACCUUGGUAUCAGCGGCGCUGCCAGGACAACUACGGCGGCUCUCCGAGACUUUCCUCAACAUCUUUCAGGGCUCGGGGUCCGCCCUUGACUGGCUUAUGGCUCUGGUGGAGGACGAGAUUGACGGCAUAGGCAGUCAAAACUCGAUCAAGAAGUUCCGAUUUAGCAGCCGGCUCAAGUCGAACGAAUCAAUGGAGUCGGCUACGGACCGGGAGCUCCUGGUUCGGGACAUGACCAAAUCGCUGGCUGGCGAGGCGAACCUGCUCUUCCGCGGCAACACCCUCCUCACGCAGUCACUCGAGUUCCACAUGCGCCGGCUCGGCAGAGAGUACCUGGAAGAGAUGCUCCAGGAAAAGAUAAAGGAGAUUAACGACUCGAACCCCGACUGUGAGGUGGACCCUAGCAGGUUGCCACACCACACCAGCUCUGCCGAGCUUGAUCAGCGCUGGAACCGACUGAUCUUGUGGACCACUGAGGUGUGGAAAUGCAUCGCGGGAUCGGCAACCCAGCUGCCCGGCGAACUGCGUCACAUCCUCAAGUACAUCCGUGCCGUCGCCGAGGACAGGUAUGGCGAUUUCCUGCGCACCGUCACCUACACCGCCGUCUCUGGGUUCUUAUUUCUCCGUUUCAUAUGCCCGGCCAUUCUCUCGCCGAAGCUGUUCUGCCUCCUGCGUGACCACCCUCGGACGAGAGCCCAGCGUACGUUGACACUGAUCGCAAAGGCUCUUCAGAAAAUGGCCAAUAUGUCAACCUUUGGCAAGCGUGAGGAGUGGAUGGAGCCCAUGAACAAGUUUUUGAACACUCAGCGGCCGGUGUUCCGCGAAUACAUCGACCAGGUGUGCAGCAUUCCCGCGGAUCGGGGCGUCAAGUCGGCGCCGCCGAGCUACAGCACUCCCGUUACCAUCCUCGGGCGGCUCAGUCCAGAGGCGCGAGAGGGCUUCCCCAGCCUACCCUACCUGAUCGACCCAGCGCGGAGUUUUGCGAGCUUGGUCAAGCUGUGGGUGGAUCUCUGUCCUGCCGACAUUCGACAAGGACAGGUGGACGGCGACCUCAUGGUCUUCUCUGAGCUCUGCCACGCUUUACAAAAGCGCGCCGAUGCAUGCCUGGCCAAGCUAGAGAGUGUUCGCGCCACAGAUGUGUCAUCGCGUGGUGCCGACCAGCUGGCCGAGACGCUGGAGCAGGCCAGCCUGAUCGAGUCGCUCAGCACGCCGUACGGGCUGCCUACCAUAUCGUGCGACAUCGAUCAGGCUCCCGGUAGCUCCGGCAGCGAUGGCGGCGACGAGAGCCGGCGCCGCAGCAGAGAGCUGCGCAGAAGGGACGACGGGAGGAAGGCGAGCGGGCUGCGUCACGCGAGCGGUGCGGGAGGCACCGUCAAGGGCAAGAACGGCAAGGUCGGGCGGACGAUACUGAGCGGCAUCAUGAGGAUUGGCGGGAGGGCUGAGAGCCCAGACGCGAAGCAGGCGAGGUGAGCGCAGGCUGCGCCGAUUACACGGGAGAAAAGCGAAAUGGAAGAACCCUAUCGAGCAAACAGCCCGUUGGUUAUGAGGCCAUUGGAUAGACAAAACUUGGGGAGUCUUUUCUUGUCUGGGCGGCGUUGAGGCAAGAGGCCCGUGGCCCUCCGCGGAUGCACCACAUAUUUAUCCUUGAGGAGACGGAUCCGGCAGUGGGACAGUUUUCUGUCCCUGUUUUGGUGUCUUGACUACUGUCGGGCUUGGUGAUGUGUCGUCGCGUAUUCGACGAGGGAAGCGGGAUUGUGGAAUUCAGACAGAAAGAGAAUACAUACAACGUACGAAGCGUCCAGGCGUUGCUUGUGAGUUGUG